AUGGUAUCAUCAGCUCUACCGGUAGAAGAAGAUCUCAACAAGUAUGGAAUGCAAGGGUUAACAUCCUUGGUAAGAAUGGAACAAUCCGAUAUAACAAAUUAUGCCCUUGGUCAAGACAUAAGUAAAUGUGGAUUGGACUUGUCUGACGAUUCUGAGAUCUUAAAGAACUUAUCAUCACCAUGGGCUGAAACUGCAAGAUCAGAAUUGGAGCCGUAUUUCAAAUUACCCAAAAGCAUAAGAUCAUCAAGUAUUGAUCCUCCUCCUGGACCUUGUGACGCCAAAAUUCAAAGCUUUACCGACGAAACAUUGUUUUAUAUAUUCUACAUGAAGCCUAGAGAUACAUUACAAGAAUAUGCUGCCAGGGAAUUGGUGGCUCGUAAUUGGAGAUAUCAUAAGGGAAUCCAAGUAUGGUUAACCAAAGAUAGCAAUGUCGAGCCGGUAUUGAUUAGCCAAGAUGUAGAAAAGGGUGUCUACAUAUUUUUUGAUCCUCACAAUUGGGAAAAGAUCAAGAAAGAAUUUGUAUUGCAUUAUAGUUUAGUUCAAGCUUAA